CGAGAAACAGAAGCUAACUGUGGCACAACAAGGGCCAAGUGGCACUUCAAUUGCCAAGCAUGCCGAAAUUUAAGCUUAUAUGAACUGUCCGGGGCAAACUCAGAUCACUGUAAUCUUGGCAUGUCAAUUAUGGCCGUAUCCAGCGAGUUUCUGAGAAUAGUCGUGUCACUGAGCUGGUGGGUUAUACAUUUGGCUUUCAACCGAUGCGGCGUCGCGGCGUGUGAGCACUCCCUUCUCCACGAAGUCCCGUCUAUCCGACAGACGCGAUGCCGGCACUGACAUGCGUCAUUGGCUUUUCAUCCUUCUGACUUUUGAAAAUGUACGCAUCUUAUUCGGACAACUGCAAAUACAAUCCAUCCGACAUGUUGACAAAAUAUCUUCCAACGGAAGCAGCAGCCCUUGAAAGUUGGCCAACUUUCCAUAUUGGUGCUUUCUUCCUCGGCUCGCUCUUCCUCUCCUUCUCUCUCGGCGUCUGGCUCAUUGCACUUGCAAAGGGUAUUCCUAUACAAACAGCCGCCCUCGAACGGAAUCAACGACCUCACGUUCCUCUAUACUUGCAAGAACGAGUUCCCGUACAUGGCUCACGACCUUGGAAAGCUAUUCAAAGCACAUUUGCCUUCAUGGCGAUGUUGUUCUUCGACACACUCCUCUAUCAGUGCUUGGACAUAUUCAACUCGUCCUACAGACGCGAGGAGUAUGUACUAUGGAUGCCGUCCUUUAUGGCAGUGUCGUAUCCCCUUGCUUUAGCAGCAGCAUUCUGGACUUUCUGUGGAGCUGGUUGUUUUCUGCAAUUAAUGGUUGAAGCUUUUCUUGGGCGUCCGGUCGACGUUGAUGUGUUCUUUGUUCCUGCUUCAAUCAUGGCUUGCGUGUGGACUUGUAUAGCAUGGCCAAUGGUUGUGGCCAAUAAACUCUUUUCCAGUGUGUGGAAUGCGAACGGUGAUUCCAGACAGUCAACGUCAAAAAGCGAAGUAAGCUCUGAGAAGUUGAGCUAGAAGAGAAUGCCUCGUAUGUUUUGGAUUGAGAGAUCAAUUUGGGGCUAGCUCUGGAAUGCUUCACC